CCAAUGGCGCGUGUUAGUUGGAGAACCUCCUCCGAGUCCUCGAGUGAAUACCACAGAGAGUUGCCUAAUGGCGACGCGUCUGGUGAUGUGAUGACGGAAUCCCAGCGAGUUGACGCCCACUCCGCCGGUUGAAGAGCAAGCGAGACCCGAUCGAUGCGCCAGGAUGGACGAGAUGUACGACCCGCUCAAGUGUAACGAAGAUUUGCCGUCCUCGCCCGGCUGCCACAUGGACUUCGACGACAUGCCGGAGCUGCAGGCGGUGGAAGAGGACCGCAGGUCGCCCGGCGUGUUCCGGCUGGGCGCCGGAGUGUCGCACCAGGAGCCCGGCGGCGGCGGCGGCGGCGGCUGGCUGGCCGAGCUGGCCAACAUCGCCACCAGCCCUCAGAGCCCGCUGCUCAAAGACGCCCCCUACAAAAGAUCGUCUCCGGUGCACAUCUUUGGCAACAGCAACAGUCUCCAUUCCUACGCCCGCCCUCCUCUGGCCAGCAGCGCGCCCACCCCCUCCAGAGGUCACCUGAGGGAGCGCAGGCGCGUCAGGGCCAGCAGCGAGUCCGAGUCGGGCGUCUUCUCCAUGUCGUCGUCCUUCUCCGAUGACGAAGACAUGGCCUGGUCCCACUCGUGGCCGUCCACCGCCUGGCACUGCUUCCUCAAAGGAACCCGCCUCCGCUUCCAUCGCGGUCCAAACGUGGAGUGGCAGGAGGCCGACGAACUCGGCGAUUCCGACGAGGAUUGGGACGACGAGAGCCUGACGCCGUCCUCCUCCUCGCUUCAGAGAUUCGGCUCGGAGGGCUUGAAGCUGAUCAGCCACGAAGAGACGCUGUCUUACGGCCAGGCCGUACUCCAACUCACCUUUGACCCCGGCUCCCCCGAAGACGGCCUUCUCAGCGCCGAAUGCCGACUGGACCAUCCCUUUUUCGUGCGGGGUAAAGGGUGGGCCUCCUUUUAUCCGAGCCUCACCGUGGUGCAUCACGGGAUUCCUUGCUACGAGAUGCAGCUGGGGGACACCUGCCUGCCGCCCAACCACCCCGAUGCCAUUAAGUGUGACGACUCGGUGGUUUUUGAUACCUUCAGAAGUUACGACUUCACCCCGCUGGACUCGUCGGCGGUGUACGUCCUGAGCAGCAUGGCGCGCCAGCGCCGCACCUCCCUGUCCGCCGCCGCCAGUCCGGACCGCGACAAGGCGGCGGAGCGCUCGGCCUCCCCCCAGUCGGCGGGCGGCCGGUCGGCCCGGGGCCAGGCCUCGGCCGCCGCGCCCGCCAAAUGCAAGCGGCCCAUGAACGCCUUCAUGCUCUUUGCCAAGAAGUACCGAGUGGAGUACACGCAGAUGUACCCGGGGAAGGACAACCGAGCCAUUAGCGUCAUCCUGGGCGACAAGUGGAAGAAGAUGAAGAGCGAGGAGCGGCGCUCGUACACCAUGGAGGCCAAGGCUCUGGCCGAGGAGCAGAAGCGCCUCAAUCCCGACUGCUGGAAGCGCAAGAGGACCAACUCGGGUUCCCAGCAGACUUGAGAAGACUCCCCCAAGGAAGACGCGCCGCUCGACGCCCGGCACGUCGUCUCGACGGCGAGGGCGCCGUCUCCGCCCGCCGCGCCUUUCGCGCGGAAAGCCGAAACCGGGGCCCACGUCGGAAAGUAGUCACUAACCAAGUGCGUAUAUUUUCUUACUCUGUCGCUAAUGCAAAAGGACCUCGUAUGCCUCUUCGGGUAGGAAUCCACCUCCUGCUUUUUGUUUUUCUUCUUCUUCUUUGCUCCGGAUAUUAGCCCGCGGUGCUAUGCGUGCUUCGGACGCGGCCAUUUGUCGUCGUGUCAAAGGGGAUCGUACGGCCACCUUUCUCACUUGGCUCCGCGUGCCGCUUGUCAGCAGAUGGCGC